GUGUUGUGGACAUCAUCAUACUGCCGCUAAAAACAAAUGUUAGACAAUCGUACCAAAACAAUGGAAAAGAUACAUAGUCCAUAUCUGCGAAUAUUUGGCCUAUUACACAUGGAACUUUUUUCAAAUGGAAGAAUCGAUAUUUUCAUCAGAAAUUUUCCACCGGACAGAUAAUUAAUUCCCGUCAUCAUAAUAAUAAUAAUUGGAUUGACGAUGAAUAUGUUUUGUAUUAUGUUGUGGACACCAUCAUACUGCCGCUAAAAACAAAUUUCAGACAAUCGUAACAAACGAUGGACAAGAUACAUAGUCCAUAUCUGCGAAUGUUUGUCCUAUUACAUGGGGCAUCCGGUCUACAAUUAUUGCCAAUAUCAAUCCAUGAUCUACGAUCAUUAAUCUAUUUAAUCAUCAAUUUAUCGUUGAAUUCAAUAACAAUAAAUUGUGUAUUUUAUGAUUCACCAUUAUCUCAUGCCAUAAAUCGAGCACAGCAACAAUCUUCGCAUAAACUUUAUGGCUAUUAUUUACGUACAGCUUUCUAUUUCGUUUAUCCAAUCAUUUACAUUUGUUUCAUUAGCAAUUAUCUGAUUUGUGGUUAUCGUAUAAUUCAAUUAUUGGAUUCACAUGUAUUCAUAAGAUCUACGAUAAUGAUUGAUUCAUCUACGAAUCGUUGGAAAGCAUUCGGCAUUUUUAUAGCAACAAAAUUAUUUUGGAUUCAUUGGUUUUUUAUAAAUGAACCAUAUUGGAUCGCUAAUUUAGUCAAUCAUUUUAAAUGGAAAACAUUCAGUCUGGUGUUGGGUCUAUAUCUAUAUCAUAUUUAUCAUCUAACCACAUGGUUUCUGCUUUAUUAUCAUCAAAUUAUUACCAAUUUGACUUUGAAGCAAAUUGAUCAAAUGUUGACCACAGCAACCACGAUAAAAACAAAUAGUUUUUCAUUAGAAAAACGUCUAUUUCGAUCAUUUCAGAAAUUAUCACGGCAAAAUCAAAAAAUUCAAUUUUCUACAUCAUUUCUAUUGUCCAUUAUGUUUAUUGAACAAACUAUUUUUACUGUUUCAAAUUUAUCUUAUUUUUUUUUGGUUCACUUCAAAGGUGGUGAUGGUGCAUGGCAUUUUUUGAGUAUUUAUUCAUAUUUAACACGAUUUAUAAUUUGUUUUGGUUUGAUUGAAAUUAAUCGUCAAAAUUUACAGCUAUUUGAUCAUAUUGAAAAACGUUUUAAUUGUAAAGUAAUUCAAAAUGGUGACGGUGCUUCUGGUGGCUGUUCAUUACGAUUUUGUCAUUUCAAUCAAUUACAAUUGUAUCGGCAAUAUUUUUGUCUAUCAGCAUUUCAAUGGCUACAAAUCGAUGCUAUUACAGCGAUGCAAAUGUUUUUCUUUUCAUUAAGUUAUGUUACAAUUAUUUCAUUGACAUGAUCAAUUUAUCAAAAUUUCAACAUUUUAUUAUCUCGAAAUUGUCAUCGAAAAUUAUCCAUUUAUGGUUGCUAUCUAUUGAUUUUCACAAUGCCAUUGUCAAUUUUUAUACGACAUAUUAUCGUUAUUGAUUUGAUAGGCAAAUUAUGUUUAUUAGGCAUAUUGGUUGGUGCCCAUCGUCUUUGGUCACAUCGAUCAUAUAGUGCACGAUUGAAGCAAUGAAAGUGAAUGACAUUCCAGACAACAACAACAACAACAAAUCAAUUACAAAUUCAUCAUCAUCAUCAUCGAAGAAUAUUCGUUUUUAUAAUUUAAUUAUCAUUUUAUUGGACACUGUAUUUGGCAUUCUGAUCAAUUUUAUGAUAUCAUUGCUGUUAAUUACAAUCAAAAUUACAUAUAAUUGUAAUUAUCAGCAAUGAUAUACAUACCACACUAUUUCAUAAAAAGUCAAAGAUAUAUUCAUUCGAUCUUAUCAUCAUGA